AUGUUUUCGCUUUCGUCCUUCAUUUCACUCGUCGUCGUAGCCGCGCCAGCGCUAGCAGUGCCGACCGUCGACUUGCUCAUCGAUCACGGCUACGCAACGGGCGGCGACAUCGACCUCCGCACAGUCCUGGCAGCUGUGUCUACGCGCAAAGGCCAAACCUUCCGCUUCGGCUCGACGUACAACACCAACAACGCCGAUCCGAGCUUCACGAGCGACGUUUUCGAUGUGUUCUACAAUCACGCUGUCGCGGAGAACGAGUGCAAGUGGUCUGCGACCGAGCCGGCUCCGGGUACAAGCUCCCUCACGGCGUGUCAGGCCGUACAGAGUCUCGCUGCUGCGUCCAACGCGUCGUUCCGCGGACACAAUACGUUCUGGCAUUCGCAGCUACCGAGCUGGCUUCCCGGUACCUUCUCUGCAAGCGAUGUCGUCAAUACGAUCAUCCCGACGCAUGUGCAGCAGGAGGUUCAGGGCAUGGGGUCGUCGGUGACCUCGUGGGACGUCGUGAACGAGAUCGUCGGCGACAGUACAACGAGCGGCAUGUCGGCACUACAGUGUGUACAGAACAAGAAUGCCUGGCCGACGGUCACCUCUGACGGAUCUGGGACGGCGCUCGUCACGGACUUGUCCUUUGUCUAUGCUGCCUUCAAAACCGCGGCCGCAGCGAACGCUAAUGCCCGCCUUGCAAUCAACGACUAUGGAACCGGUGGAGACGAUGCCAAAACGGCAUGCAACAUCGCCGUGCUCAAGGACGUGCAGGCUAACACCGGGAUCUCUUCCGAGCGCUUGGCGAUUGGCUUCCAAAGCCACGUCUCUGACACGGGUUUCACGAGCAAGGACGCUCUGACGCAGACCUUCUCUACUCUCGCUGACCUCGGCGCUGAGGCUCUCAUCACCGAACUUGACGUCUCGCUCUCGGGCACGGCCGAGGAGAACCUACGCUUCCAAGCUGCGAUAUGGGGAGACUACCUCGAUGCCUGUCUUUACGCGAGCAACUGCAAUGAGUUCAUUAACUGGGAUACGCGCGACGACGUCAGUUGGCUCGGUGCUGACAAAGUGGCGACUCUAUUCGACUCAAAUGGAUCACCGAAGCCCGCAGCAUACGAGGUCGCCGCAAGGCUGAUGCACUUCUCGUAUGGCCUCGACGAGCUUUGUGCGACCGCACUCGGUACCGGCUCGUGCACCAUUGCCUGA